AUGACGAAACCCAAGCAACCAUUACAGGCCGUACGUCGUGGUAUCAAGGCAAUGUCAACAUCAUCUCCGAUGAGAGGACUGAGAUCUCUGUCACCCUCCACUCGGAAAGGUACCCGUCAUGUGGAAAUCAAGGAGAAAUUACAAUCACACGUGCAUACUGCUGCGACUGGAACUGGGCGAAAGGGUAGCAGUAGCAACCAGAACGCCAAGCCAUUGGUAUCUGUACGGGAUGAGGUGAUUGGAAGAAUAUCUCCCGAGAAAAUACGGCAGCAGCAGCAAUUGCGCAAACAGCAGCAGCGCCAAGACAAUCGGUAUUCAUCGCAAGACUUGGAAGUGGAGCAGAGAGACAAUGUUAACACAACUGCACGUGGUCGAGGGCGAAUUGGGAGGGAUCAGCCUUCUCCCAAUCGUCGAAGGGAGUGGGAUGCUAAUCUGGAAAUGCCUAGAGGCACCGUGAUGGAUCACUUGGCGGAUAUGUCACUGGACCCCCCUCCCCCACCGCCUCCGAGUCCCCGUAAAGGCAGCAAGAACAAGAGUGGGCUGACUGUGCAGACGAAUGAUGUGCCAUCCCCAACGAAUAAGAGGAGACAGCACAGCAGUUCUCCCAGUCGAAGACAACAGCUUCAGCAACACUUUGUGGAACAUCAGAAAGGCAAACACAUUCAUCAUCCACCACGAUCACCACAGCAUCGGAUACAAGACCAACCACGAUCGAUCCUGCCGUCUCCGAGCAAUGCCAGCACUGUGGAAAGCGGUCGAUCCACCAUGAGUCGAAGUCAAAUGAUUGAAAACCCGCAAUUUGCAUCGUCUUCAUCCACGGCAUACUCACCCACAAGCUAUCGGGGUGCAGCCCCUCCACCCCCACCCCCACCAAUACCCGGCGGCACGUCGAGAACAACCGCCUCGCCCAGGUCAUUAUCCUGGGGAGAUGGUGUUCUUCCCGGUCGACGAAGUGGUCAAUCACCCCCCAGCCGAAGGCAGCAAGAACAGUACAUGAGCCCAAGUUCACUAGAACCUGAAGGUCGUACUCUUCGAGACCACGGUUAUCGCGGGGGUCGCGAAGACGAAGAGGGAGUCUGGCGUGUCGCAAUACCCAGCAACAGCAAAGCCGCCAAUGAAUGGGUAGCCGAUUUCGAAGACGACGAAUCGGACAUGUGGAGAAAGCUGGAUGCUGUUGAGACCACCACCAAGACCAAGUAUCGAUCACCGCGGUCAAGAUCACGGACGUUGGCAAGCGAAGUCUUGUCCGAAUCCUAUCUUUCGGACGACAGUCGAGAUCACGAUGUACUGGACUCGAGAGACGAAAAAUACAGUGCCAGCUUUACGGGAACCGGAACUACGACGAUGAUUCAACCGCCACUGGCAGUGGCACCGCCGCCGCCCCCACCGCCGCCUGCUAUCCCAGCAACGCCAACAUCACCGGGGCAUGACCCAAGAGAAGAUCGAGACAAGAAACAACGUGGGAAGGGAUUCUUGAACUUUUUUGCUGGUCGUGCGGCCAGGGAGAAAGAGAUGAGGCACUCGUCCAAACACGCCGCCACCAGAACCAUGCAUGCGGAAAUCUUGGAAAUCGGCUCGGAUGCUACCUUGACAGCAGGCGAUCUCAUUGUGGAGGAGUUGGACAGCUCGGAAGCCAGCGUGACAGCGGAAGAUAUCAAUCAGAAACACUCAAGUCCUUCAUCAUUCCCUUUCGAUGAAAAACACUCAAGCCCUUCAUCGUUCCCUUUUGAUGAGCAGGCAAGAUUGGGCUCCUUUCAUUCGCCUGUAGUGACACCACGAGAUCGCCAUCAUGAAGCACAGCAGGACGACCAUCAGUCCACUGCUUCGUCGAGGGAUAGACCCAAGAAGAAGAAGCUUCAGCCGAAAAAGGGUGAUCUGUCUGGCGAUUAUCUCCAAACCAAGUUCAUGCAGCUUGAGACAUCCGAUAUUGGCCUGACGCACGGGGAGCUAGACAACGAUGAGAUGACAUCCGUAAGCAACCUCACCGAGCCAUCGAUAUAUGAUCCCAUGAGCCCAUCAAAUAAAAACCACCCACGGGGGUCACCGCGGAAGCAUAAGAGAUUGAGUGGUGUACAAAAUCCAAAGAGCAAAAGCCUAGCGUCGCCGCGUGGCAGAAGUACUUUUGAUUCGUCCACUCAAGCAAAAUCUAGAAGUGCCACCAAAGGCGAUCCUGCAUUCUCCUGGGAAGGCUUGGUCCCCGCAGAUGGCAACAGAGCUCUUGGUCGAGCUUUGGAUGUUCAGUUAACACCCACAACCGUGCAUGAAGGUUCCGCAACACCAGCCGAUGUCACAACGCUCAAGAAACGCCCCCCUCUAAAGCCAAAGCCAACUGUUGCUUCAUCUGCUGAAAGGAGUAUACCGGUGACAUCGUCAUCGGGGGCCGGGAUUGGUGGAGCAGCAGCUGCUGCUGCUGCAGCUGCUGCUGCUGCUGCUGGAAAAUCGGCACAAAAAAUAUCAUCUACGUCCCUGUCCACUCGAUUGCAGAUGCGGUCAAGAACACCGUCACCCUUAUCUAUGAGAAAGACGGCCCGAUUGGUUGCACAGCGCUCCAAGUCGCGAACACCAUCACCAGGAUCUCGACGUUCGGGCCAGGAGCGGGAUCAGCCGGAAAGAGAGGUUUCACCGUUUCGGAAAAGAUCAAACAAGUCCAGGUCGUCGUCCCAGUCGAAUAGAAGUGUUGACAGUGACUGGAGCAAGAUUAAAGACAAAAUGAUAGAGCAGCGAGUGGCUGAGUCAAAGACCAAAGCUGGUGCUAGGAAGCUCAUGGCCCAGGCAGCGAACAAGAAGGCUACAGGUGGUGGUGGCGCGAUGCAAGGUUCCCAACUGUCACAAAGAUCAGCAUCUGUUUCCCCUGGGAAGAGCAUUUUCCACCCGAACAAUGCUCACAAGCCCAGCAGCCUCAUGGAGAGGGCUCGGUCGCAGUCUGCGACUCGUGCUCAGCCAGCCCCUGUGUCUACAGGAAAUCGUCGCGGGUCUCCCUUCAGGAGAGACCCAAAGAGGCUUGAUCGUGUUCGGAAACACUCGUCCCCGCCGGCAGCGAGGUUGACGACAAUCAAGGGUGAUUCAACGGGCCGCGACGAUUCAAUUCAAAAGAUGGAACCGCUUUCCACAGUGAUGUCUAGAGUUCCGAGCAGCUUGGGGAGUAGAGCAACCGAUUCGAUUGAGCUGAAGCGUCAAGAGUCAGAGCUAUCCUUUACUAAGAAAUCGCACAACGGAUCCUCGCGUGCCACGAAUUCAAUUGAAUUACAUGUAAAGCGCCAAGGCAGGUCAUCAGAUUCAGCUCAAUUAAAGCGCCAAGGAAAGCCAUCAGUGAAAGAUGGCAGCCCAGGAAGAACGAGAAAGGAUCAGAGAGAACCGAGCAAGGUAGUGGAUGCAAAGAGCAGAGCGAAAAUGAUUCCUCCCGAUCGUGUCACAGGAAUGCCUCGCAAGACCAAAAAUGCGCAGACGAAGGUAAAGGUACCUGUGCAGACUCCAGCAGUAAGCAAGACGCAGCCAGCUGAAGAUGCAAAAGCUCCGCCUUCACAAACAGAACAAUUUAAUAAGUUGAGGGCAAGGAGAUCGCGAGCAAAUCAAAAACCCGCAGAAAUUCAGGUUGUUUCAAAAAGAAGCUACGUCCCUAAAAACGCCUAUGCUGGAAAGUUCGCCCCCAAGAAGAAGAAGGACAAGCUGGCUGAGAUCAUGGCAACGAAGGAACUCGAGAAUGAAUCGGUGCGAGGAUCCGUGAAGUCGCUAUCUGGAUCGGGGUCACCAACCUGGAAAAACGUGCCUCGACACGUGGGUGCGCUAAAGUUGCGAAACAUGGUCAAGCUUAGGAGUCAUUUUACUUCGGAGAGCGAGGCUUCGUCCAAAGGAAAAGGCUUGGGGGUGAGGUCUAAAGCGGCGGCAUCGCAUGGGUCAUAUAGUUCCGUGAGUGGAGUCAGAUCUGUUGGGGCUUCCAGCCGGAGCACGUCACAUCAUUCCCUGUCUGAUCAGACAAUUAUUCCAGCAUUUAGAACCACGAUGGCGCAGUCUAAGACCAUGGCUCACGAUCGAAUGACUUUGAUUCGGGACCAUGGUUUGAUCGAUUCCUUCUCCGUUGGCAGCUCCAACAUGAGGUCACUCAGAUCGGCAGUACAGAGCAGCACACGCAAUGUCGUGAUUGAUUUACCAACGGAGGGUUUCGACCGCUACGACGAAACAAAGAUCGCAGACCCAAUGCAAAGGGCGGGUCUUCGGCUCUUGAGCGCGUCUGUGGUUCCCAUUCAAGCAGCAGCUAGGCGAUAUCUCGCCAGACGCGAGGCGCUGUCGAUGUUGUGGGGGGCACUAGUCAUCCAGGCAAGAGUCCGAGCUUUCUUGGAGCAAGGACGCUAUGAACUCAAGCUGUUUGCUGUCAUAGCGAUUCAGAGUGCCGCUCGGGGGAUGCUCGUCCGAGAUCGCCUCAUGUUUGAGGAUUACUGUGCUACGGAGAUUCAACGAUACGUCAGAGGCCACCUCGCUGCUGUGCGGGUCUAUGAUGACAUUUACAAGAUCUCGCUCGUCCAGAGCCAAAUUCGAAUGAAACUGGCCAUAAAAACUGCAGAGUUUCGAAUGUACUGCCUCCUGAGGCUUCAGGGGGUCGCGCGUGGUUUUCUGGUGCGAUGCAGGCUGAGGGAUGCAAACGCUCGAGCAACUGAUAUCCAACGCUGUGUUAGAGGAUACUUGGCUACCAUGCACGUGUACGAAGAGCUCUAUAAGAUUACUUUGGUUCAAAACCGAAUUCGCAGAAAGCAAGCUCUUGACAAGGCAACGAUGAGGAUGGCUUUGAUUCUUUCUCUUCAAGCCCUCGCGAGAGGGUAUCUUGUUCGAUGCCGUCUAGACCUCGCACAUUACCAUGCAACGACGAUUCAACGUUACGUUCGUGGGUAUCUUGGGACAAUGCAUGUUUACGAGGAGAUCUACAAGAUCAUGCUCAUUCAGAACUUUUUCCGCAUGAAGAUUGCCAUCAAUCUAGCGACCAAGCGAAUGACAUUGAUCAUAAGGGUUCAAGCCAACUGGAGAAGGUAUUGCGUUCUACGUCGCAUGGAAUAUGCACAUUACAACGCAAAGAUUAUCCAACGCUAUGUCCGAGGAUACUUAGCAACAAUGGUCGUCUACGAAGAUAUCUACAAGAUAACCUUGGUGCAGAAUUUUGUACGGAUGAAGCAAGCACAGGCUCUUGCAUCACACAAAAGGAAUCUAAUCAUUCGGGUUCAAGCGAUUGUGAGAGGCUUUAUUCUGCGAGGACGCUUGGAGAAGAUUUGUGACAAAGCCAUCACGAUCCAGUCGGCAUGGAGGUCCUUUUACUACCGCCUCGUGUAUCAAUUCAAAUUGCUGGAUAUUAUCAUCCUCCAGAGCGUUUGGAGAAGGAAGCAAGCAUUCGCCGUUGCAAGGCAUAGGCGCCAUCUCAAGCAGAUCAGGGCUGCUACUCUUAUCCAAGCACGUUGGAGAUGUUACGACGCCCGAGAAACCUACUUGCAGUACCAGAUUGAAGACCGAGCUGCCACCAUCAUUCAAACACAAUGGCGAUGCUAUGAUACAAGCAUGGACUACCUGCACUUUCUAGCUGAUGUGUUAAUCGUUCAAAGCAUGGUCCGUCGGUGGUUUGCAAUGCGAGAGGUCACAGCAAUCUUGGUCCGCAAGUCCAUAGUCCUGCAACGGGUGGCUCGUGGCUACCUUGGAAGGGUAGAAGCCAGAAGACACAGAUCCGCAAUUGUGAUUCAGAAGACAUGGAGAGGCUUUGUCUGCUUUGCCGAUUACAUGUUCAAGAUUGCUGAUGUGGUCAUCGUUCAAACUGUAGCACGCAGAUGGUUUGCUUACAAGAAGGCAAAUUAUCUUCGCCACAAGAUUGAGCAUGACGCUGCAAGAGUCCUUCAACGAUGGCGACGCCGUCGACUGUACCGCCAAGAGCGCGCUGCAACUACGAUUCAGAAGGUUUGGCGCGGCUUGGUCCAAGAGGCCGAUUUCACGCUUACACUCUACGAGUAUCGUGCGGCUAGAACGAUCCAAGCAUACUGGCGAAGGUUCUGGAAGUUUUCAAACUAUCUGAUCUGCCUCGAUUGCUCGAUUCGAAUUCAGGCAGUUGUGCGUGGCUUUCUGGCACGCUGUCGAUACGCAGACGAGCAGUGGGGUGCUGUGAUCCUUCAGGCCGCCGCUCGCGGAAUUGUGGGCAGAAGACGCGCUAUCUCGACAAGAAUGCUGAAGGCCCAAACGCUCACUAGCAAUGCCAUUGGCUCUCUUCAGUCCAUGGCCGCCACGAUGCUGCAGUCAUCUUUCCGCUGCUACAGAGCACGCGACGCCUAUGUGAAAUAUGUCGCAGCUAGAUUGAUCCAAGCUCACAUGCGAGGAUACAAAGACCGGGUUCUUUGCAUGAAGCACGAAGCUGCUCUCAGCAUUCAAACGAACUGGAGACGCAUUACUGUGCGAACCUGGUAUGUUCGAACUGUCUCCGCCAUCAGGAUUCAAAAGAAUUGGCGGUGCAUGAUCUACGCAUCCGCCUACCAUCGUUUCAUCGCCGCAAGGUGCAUCCAGAACAGCUGGAGGGUCAGGAAGUCAUGUCAGGCGGCGCUCUGUCGAAAGGCAGAGAACGUUGCCGCGACUGCUAUCCAAAGUGCAUGGCGGGGAUAUUUGUAUUACACGAACUAUCUGUUUGCUCUCUGCGACCUUGUGAAAGUCCAAAGCAUCGUGCGGCGACGCUUGGCGAAGAAGAGGAUGCUUGAGCGCUACGAUGACAGAGCGAACUCAUCUGCACUGACCAUUCAGAGGUACUGGAGAGGAUUCUAUGCGUACACAUGCUUUUUGAUUUCCUUGUCCGAGGUCAUCAGAAUCCAAAGUCUUGCAAGGCGCUUCAUUGUCAGGUCACGCCUGCUAAACCGCAGUGCUACUAUCAUUCAGACGAGUUGGCGACGCUCUUUCCACAAAGGAAGCUUUGACACCUACAAGAAAUGUGCUCUUCAAAUUCAGAGGUCGGUUCGAUGCCUUCUUGCUCGGCAUGAACUUAGCAGACGAGCCCGUGCCAGACUUUACCGUUCUGCAUCCCUUAUUCAGCAAUGUUGGAGGCGCCACUUUUGUCUUUCAAACUAUUCAUAUAUUGUAUCCGAUAUUGUCAAGGUUCAGAGCGUGGUUCGUCGGCUUUUGGCUCAAAAGGUGUUCUUCGACAUGUGGGAAGAUCAUGCGAUCAACUCGGCUACCAUUAUUCAAUCUCGUUGGCGUUGCUACUUUGCUUCUACGAGCUAUCAAUUCGUGAGGGACGACGCGAUCAAGAUUCAAGCCGCUGCCCGAGGCUUCCUCGCCCGCAACCUGUUCCUUGACCUCUUCGGAGAAAAGUGUCAUUGGUGUGCUGUCAAGAUACAAAGCAGAUGGCGUGCGCACCGGGGUCAAACGUCAUAUCGAGAUGUGCUAUCAAAGGUCUGUCUCAUCCAACAGAGAGUGCGUUAUUUCUUUGCGAUGAAAGAACUGGAAGACGAGGCUGUGAUCCCCAUUCAACGAGUGUGGCGCGGGCAAUUGCUUCGAUCGGCGUAUCUGCACAAACGGGGUGGGAUCAUCAAGAUUCAGACCUACUGCCGUCGGUUUUUGGCCCGCAAAGUUCGCCUGCAUUUGUUGGUUCAAAAGAGCCAUGAUGCCGCAGCCAUUAUUCAAGCAGCCUUUCGUGGAAGGAAAGACCGUGCCAACUUUGUCACCAGGAGGGCCGCCGUUUUGGAUAUUCAAAGAUACUGGAGAGGAUUCAGUGGACGCGUGGGCCUCUUUGUGGCUUGGAAGACACACAUUGUCAAAAUCAACAGGGCCACUCUCAAAAUACAAAGAAUUUGGAGAGGCUACGUGGUCAUGCAGCAUUACCUGUACACACUGGGUUCUGUCAUUGAGAUACAAAGUUUGGCGAGGAUGAUGCUCGUGCGGAUGCAGUGCAGUCGAAAGCAUGCAUCGGCAACCAAGAUCCAAUCGCUUCGACGGCAGUACUUGGCCCGGCAUCUGAUGCUCGACUUGUUCAGCAAGCAAAGCUAUGCGAUUUCGAAGCAACAUGCAGCUAAGUUGACCAGAGCCGUCUGCAAGAUUCAAAGGGCCUGGCUGCGCAUUCUCAAUGCCAGGCGGCGAGCUCAAAGCGCCAAGAUCCUGCUCUGGUUCACCAAGUACGCUGUCGCAAAACGGAAGAUUCAAAGAAGGAUUGCCGCCAAGAAGAUCUUAGCCUUCUUCCUCAAGACCCACAAAAACGGACCCACUCCCGAAGAGAAGCUGCUGCAAAAGCAGAUUGAUGGCGCAAUCAAGAUCCAAGUUUGGUAUGCUGCCGCCCGGCAACGUCGAUCACUUAGACGACGUCGUGCUGGUCUAUUGAUUCUGCGAUUUUUCAAGAUGGUCAAGGCCGAAGUCGAUCGAGAGAUUCAGCUAGAAAUCAAGCGCCGCAAACAGCGAAAGGAAUUGCGAAGGCGUCAUCACAAGGAGGAGGACAGGAUUCUCGAGACGGCUUGGGAAAAGACAUCCAAAGUGGGUCUGGACCGGUACAGCCGACGCAACGGCGCUCCUUCCGGCGACAAGCUGCUCGAGGAUACGCUCAAUGAGAUGCACAGUCGAUCCAGAGGCAGCUUUUAUUCUGGCGGCGCUAGCAGCAGCAUUGCUAGCAGUCCCCGGCACAAACGUGCAGCCCCUCCCAUGCUGGCGUUGGCCGAUGCACUGGAAGACUCGACCUGUGCACAGACACUCUACUCUGGGGACACCUUCAACCGGGCAUCCCCGUCGCGAAUUGGAUCCCUCUCGCAAAGGCAGUUUGACGAAGACUAUUGUCUGGAAGAGGCCUUCCUGGAUGCCGAGAUUUAUAGUGCCAAGUCUCGGCGCAAGACGGAGAAACGGUACAAGCUCAAGUCGUCUCGUCGCUCUCGACAUUCGAGCGGCGCCUCCGUGACAUCCAGGGCCUCCGUGAGUUCUCGUCAUUCGAUUGGGUCUCGCGUCUCCGUUAGCUCUCGACUGUCGACGGGAUCUCGUGACACUCGAGCAUCCAGAGAAACUCGCAACUCGAGAGAGUCCGGCAUGACGGAAUCCAGCCGUAACCGAAUGCCUCGAUCUAUGUAUAACAAGCGACUGUAA